UAAUAGACGGGGAAUUCUAGAGACUGCUUCUUUCUAUCGGGAAGGCACUGGAGAGCGAAGAGCGGAGAAUCAAUGGGGAAUCUGAAGAAGUCUUUGGGGUUGUUUCUUGUGGUGUGCGCUGUGCUUGUGAUGUUGCCGGAGGCGUCGGCGACGAGGUGGACUGUCGGAGGCAAAAUGGGUUGGAGUCCCAAUGUGAACUAUACUAUUUGGGCUCGGGGCAAGCACUUCUACAAUGGCGACUGGCUCUUUUUUGUGUAUGAUAGGAACCAGCAGAGCGUCCUGGAGGUGAACAAGACUAACUACGAAACAUGCAACACAGAUCAUCCACUUCAUAACUAUACCACAGGAGCUGGAAGAGACGUGGCUCCUCUGAAUGUCACUCGCGAUUACUACUUCGUGAGUGGAAAUGGAUUCUGCUAUGGAGGAAUGAAGGUUCACAUUCAUGUGGAAAAACCACCCCCACCACCCAUGGCUUCUCCUGAGAAAGCUGCUUCUUCCACUCUCUCUUCAUCAGGUCACGUUCUUCUGUUGCCUUUAGCGUUUGCCAUUGGAGUAGCUUGGGAUGCUUUCCUUCGUGUCUGGUGAAGUGAUCAUGAUGAUGAAGAUGAUGAUGAUUCCAAGUGCGUCUCUGAAAGAGAAAAGGACUUGGGGGGGGGGGGGGAAGAAAAGAAAAGAAAAUAGUUUUGUUGUUUCUGCUGGUGUUACCCGGCAUUGCAGGCUGAAAGUGGGGUGAGGUCGAUGCUCAUGUUUGGGUGGUGUUUGGUUCUAGAGUUGAAUUUGGUGAUUUAAUUUAAUUUGGUGUAUUGAUUGGGUUAAUUUAUUGGAGGAUUCAAUUGCGGGAAUUGCGGGAAAAUUUGUUGUUUGCAUGGACUUGUAGGACCUUCGCCAUGUGAGUGUGUUAGUCCAGGUUCUCUUCAAA